UAGUCGAACCAUUUCCUUCCGUGCACAAGGAUGAAAAACGCGCAGUGAAGUGCUCGAAGUGAACCUUAAUAAAUUACCUGAAAUCUACAUUAUCCCACGAUGAUUUUGCUGCUGUGGAUGCUAGAUUUGGUUUCAGCAAAUGAUUACUUUGGCACAUAUGUAGCAGACUUCCAAACAAGAUUUCACGGAGUGGCUGGGGAAGUGUUUGCAGUGGAUUCAAGAACUAUUUUUAUUCGUGGAUUCACAUAUGAUGGUGAAGGACCAGCAGCAUAUUUCUACGCUGGAUCUGGUGGAAGACCAUCAGGGAAUGGGAUCCAGAUUGCGAAUGAAAAGGGUUCCAUGGAUAAGCUAGGAAGAUAUCGAGACCAAGAUAUUGUACUAACCCUGCCUGGAGGAGAAACUCUAGCUGAUAUAAGUUGGAUAUCUGUCUGGUGUGAUGCUUUCUCAGUGAACUUUGGAGAGUUUUUUAUUCCUUCCAGAUUCCUAUAUCCCAGACCACAGAAAAUAUCAAACUUUGACGGAAUUCACGAUGUUUCUUCUGACAAAGUUGUUGUCGUUGAUGCUCAGACCUUCCUUAUACCUAAUUUUACCUACGAUGGACAAGCUCCUGAUGCACAUUUCUGGGUCGGAGUUGGAAAUAAACCAGGACCAACGGGUACCCAGGUAUCUGAUGAGAAUGGUUCUAUUGAACCUUUGCGAAGAUAUUCAGAGAAAACCCUGGUAAUAGUUCUACCCGGAGAUCUUACUGUCUUUGAUAUAGAUUGGUUGUCUGUCUGGUGUAUCUCUUUCUUUGUUGAUUUUGGAAGUAUAAGAAUACCAAAGAAUUUAAAUGUACCUCCUUCUCUCCGAAUGCUGGGAAUUGAACCCCAGAGUAAACUCAAUUGUGAGGUUCUAGAGGAAAGUAUAGGUCUGGAAGUAAGAUGGGCUAUCGCAGGUAAAAGUAUUGUAACCCAGCUGGUUGCUCGCCUAAAUGAAGGACAGUAUAUGGCAUUCGGACUCUCUGGGAACCCAGAUAAAACACAAAUGAUUGGUGGAGAUGCUACUGUCACAUGGAUGGAUCAUAGGAGUGGGAAGGGUUAUGCAGACGACUACUACCUGGAUGCUAAGAGUCAGUGUGCAGGAGGUCGUGGUGCAUGCCCAGACAGGUAAAUGCAUGCUCUGACAGGUUAAG